AUGGAGGUAUUUGUGUUAUUACAGCUGCUCCUGCUUUAUCACAAAGUAUUUAAUGCUCACAUUGUGAAGUGUAGGAUUAGAAACCUAGAACCACCCAUCCAAGAGUAUCAGCAAUCAGGAGACCUCUUUGUUGGUGCUAUUGCUUCUCAGAGUUUCAACAUCAAUCCCAUAGAAUUCACUGAAUACCCCCGAUUUGCAUUGGCGGAUGAGCUCGCUACCAUACCUAAGCAUUACCAGCACAUGCUGGCCUUGGAAUACGCUGUAAAGGAGAUCAAUGAAAAUCCAGCAAUCUUACCCAAUGUCACCUUGGGCUUUCAAAUCUACGACAGCUAUUUCAGUGCUAAGCCGACUUAUCAUGCCAUAAUUCAACUGAUGUCCACUCCAAAGUUGUCUGUUCCUAACUUCAAAUGUGACGUCCAGAAUAAUCUGCUAGCCAUCAUAGGGGGAUUGGACUCCAAGACCUCUCUCGAUGUGGCAGCAAUGCUGGGCAUCUAUAAGAUUCCACAGCUCCACUAUUUCCUUAGAAAUAUUGAAUUUAACAACAGUGCUGGGGAAAAAAUUUCAUUGAACGAGAACGGGGAGUUAAUAGCUGGAUUUGACAUUGAGAACUGGAUUAUUUCCUCAAACCAAUCCUUUCACAGAGUGAAACUUGGCAGGAUGGAUCUCCAGGAUCCCCAUGUUCAUUUCCAACAAGCAUUCACCAUCAAUGAUAAAGACAUCACAUGGCCAGACUGGUUUAACCAGAACGAUAGCAAUGAGGAGAACUGGGUGAGAAUGAGUGAAAAAGCUCACUUGAUGCCUCCUUUGUUGUGCAAAGAAAUUUCACUGGACCGUAGCGAGCAACUAGAAAACAACCUUGAUGAUUGCUAUCAGUGUUCAGAGGAAAAGUAUCCGAGCAAAAACCAGGAUUUGUGUAUUCCCAAGAACAUCAGCUUUCUUUCGUACGAAGAACUGUUGGGGAUGAGUUUAGCUUUUUUAGCUCUUUCGUUCUCCAUGAUCACUUCUCUGAUUCUCAGAAUAUUUAAGAAAUUUCAAAGUACUCCCAUCGUCAAAGCCAACAAUCGGAGCCUCACCUACAUUCUUCUCAUCUCUCUUCUGCUCUGCUUCCUUUGCACUUUGCUGUUCAUUGGCCGCCCAGAGAACGUGACCUGUCUCCUCCGCCAAACUGCCUUCGGCACCAUUUUUUCAGUGGCUAUUUCUUGUGUGCUGGCCAAAACUAUAACUGUGGUGCUGGCUUUCAUGGCCACCAGGCCAGGAUCCAGGAAGAGGAAAUGGGUGCGUGAAAGUCUGGCCAAUUCAACUGUGUUUUCCUGUUCCCUCAUACAAGCGGGCAUUUGUACUUUCUGGCUAGCCAUGUCUCCUCCAUUCCCGGAUGCUGACAUGCACUCUGUGACUGAAGAAAUUGUCCUAGAAUGUAAUGAAGGGUCUGUGAUCCUGUUUUGCUGUGUCUUGGCUUACAUGGGAUUCCUGGCCCUUUUGAGCUUCACUGUGGCUUUCUUUGCUAGGAAACUCCCCGAUGCUUUCAAUGAAGCCAAAUUCAUCACCUUCAGCAUGCUGGUCUUUUGCAGUGUGUGGUUAUCCUUUGUUCCAGCCUACUUGAGCACAAAGGGAAAAUACAUGGUGGCUGUGGAGAUCUUCUCUAUCUUAGCUUCUAGUGCUGGGCUACUGAGUUUCAUUUUUUUCCCUAAAUGCUUUAUAAUUCUGUUGAGGCCUGAAUUAAACAAAAGGGAAAUAUUAAUAAGGGGCAACACACAAAGAUCACAAGUGUAA